CAAGUUUGGAACAUGAGUGGUUGAAGUGUUUCUACAUUUGCCUUUAUUUCUAAUUAUUCAUUAUUUAAUUUCAUUGAAAAGGAUUUUAAUAAUCUUGAAAGUUCGCUGUCUAUAGGAGAGUGUUUUUAUUCGAUAAAAAUAUAAAUAUAUACAUUUUACAUAACCUAUAAUCAAUUUGAAAUAUGUGUGAGAAAAAUGAAGAGUUUUACACGAAAGCGAAAGAGUAUUGGGCCGAAAUUCCAGCCACCGUGGAUGGAAUGUUGGGUGGUUAUGGGCACGUAUCACAAACGGAUAUUCAAGGCUCCAGACAUUUCCUGAAGACAGUGUUCCAAGGCUCGGACAGCCCUGGCACAGAAACUGCUUUGGAUUGCGGCGCCGGAAUCGGAAGAAUAACCAAGCACCUUCUAUCAACGAUAUUCAUGAAGGUGGAUCUAGUGGAGCAAAAUGCCGAAUUCCUGGAGCAGGCAAAGGAUUAUCUGCAACCAGAGAUCUUGAAGAUUGGAGAAUUUUAUCCAAUUAGUUUGCAAUAUUUUCAACCACAGGAGAACAAGUACGAUGUGGUCUGGAUGCAGUGGGUCUUGGGACAUUUAACAGAUGAUCAUUUAGUUGAUUUCUUGAUUACCUGCAAGAAAUCUUUGAAGCCAAAAGGGGUUAUUGUGAUCAAGGAGAAUCUUACUGCAAAUGGUGAGGUGGAAGUGGAUGAGUGUGAUUCAUCAGUGACAAGGCCAUACAAAGCUUACAUGGAAAUAUUUCAAAGGGCUGGAGUGAAGUGCUACAGGAAACAGAAGCAAGCUCACUUCCCAAAGGAACUGUUCACUGUGUACAUGUUUGCCUUGCGACCAAAUGCUAACUGUGAUAAUGAUACUCAAUAAAUCUUUUAUAUUAAAAAGUCCAAUAUGAAAUGUUUUAUUUAAAAAAUAGCUACAUAGUAUGCUGUACAUAGUGGGUACAGCAACACUGUUUCACUCCAACUGAAAGGGGAAAAAAAUGCAAAUAAUCAAAAUUUUCUUGAAUUAAUGUUAUUUUUUAUUAUUAUUUCUUGAUUGGUGAUUGUCUGCUUAACAACUACGUUUGCAAUAAUCGCAUAAAACUCCAUUGUAUACAAUAAUAUUCAAUCGCGAUUAAAAAUACUACAAUCGGUAUUUAUAUAUAGUUCAUGUAUAAUAUCCAUGGCUUGGACUCGAGUCCUUAAGGCAACAGGCGUUAUCAAUAUUAUAUGUUUAAUUUAUUGUAUUCCUUUUUUUCCGUUCAAUUGCAUUUCAUAAAAAUAAAUAAUAA